GCCUCACCUUUCACUUCAUCCAUCUCUACACAUCAGCAAUAGCUACACAGAGCUAAGCUAGGGUUAGCUCAGCAAUGGCAGGUGCUCCUCGAGGACUAGUUCUCCUCGGCGUUUGUGCCGUCUUGAUGGCGGUCGCCGUCGGCGGAGAGGCGGCGUCGGUCGUCGUCGGCACGGCCAAGUGCGCCGACUGCACCAGGAAGAACAUGAAAGCUGAGGAUGCUUUCAAGAACCUCCAGGUGGCGAUCAAGUGCAAGAACGGCAAUGGUGAGUACGAGAGCAAGGCCACCGGAAAGCUCGACGGUACCGGCGUCUUCAGCAUCCCCCUCGACGCCGACCUCCACAGCUCCGACUGCGUCGCACAGCUCCAUGGCGCGACCAACGAGCCAUGCCCCGGACAAGAGCCAUCCAAGAUCGUGCCAAUGUCAGAGGGCACCUUUAUCGCCGUCGCCGGCCAGACCCACUACCCAUCAGCGUUGUGCGCAUCGGCGACCAUCUGCGGUCCCAUCAAGAAGAAGAUCAUAGACCACUUCCACAAGAAGCCGGUGCCACCCAAGCCAGAGCCAAAACCGGAGCCACCCAAGCCCAAGCCUGAGCCGGAGCACCCAUUCCUCGACCACAUCCACAAGAAGGAGAAGCACUUCUUCGAUCACUUCCACAAGAAGCCCGUGCCGCCCAAGCCAGAGCCCAAGCCGGAGCCCAAGCCAGAGCCCAAGCCGCAGCCUGCGCCUGAGUACCACAACCCGAGCCCUCCGGCGAAGAAUUGAUGAAUAUGAUCUGCAUUGGAUGGACAUUAGCAUGUUUGAUCAUGCCGCAGAUGAUGAUCCUGCUCAGCACAGGAGUGUAAUUUGUACUUGAUUAUCGGGCAUCAGCAGGGAUGUUUGUACUAUUUGCAUAUUUUUCUCUCCCAAAUGAAAUUAUAUAUGGUAAAAUAAUUUAUUUACAUUUAGCCA